GCGUGGAUUGUUAGUGAGCCUCUUGCUCUGUUCUGCUUUGUCGAGGUCGCGAGAGCUCAAGUCUGAUCACCCCAUAUCUUCUACAUCUUUCCCCACGACAAAUCUUCUCGUUUGACCAUAUUUUAUCCUCUCUCUCGCGGCCCGACAUAGCUGCGAGCUACGCUUCUACCGUUUCCGUCUUACACUGCUCUGCUUUCUUAUCAAUCUGUUCCCGGCUCCGCCGCCCGGAGAUAAGAAUUCGCUGUGCUUAAGCCGAGGCGCCCGGCUUAUUUUUCGUAACCACCAACCUCGUAACCAUCAACUUGAUCGAGGAUUAUACUAGAGCUUGUGGCUCGUUGGGAUUGGAACUUGGGACUAAAAGCUUGACUGCUCUGCCCUGAAGCUUAUUUUGUACGACUAGAAGGUCAUAUUGACUGUCAAUCGCCCAAUUGGACCCUCGUCUUCUUCGCUUUUCUAUACAAUUCUCUUUUUUUUAACGAGCAGUAUCUGCUCAAUUCGCGACAAUGGUUCUCACUCGCACGACAAACCACACCUACUCCCACCCGUUCCCUACCGUCACUCUCGCCUACUUUCUACGAUACUCGUCUCCUCAACUUAAUCCCUUCGCCGCCCAUGUUCUCAGCACCGACACUAUCGAGAACUAUGUCGACCCAAAGACUAGCCGACUUCACACCACUCGCAUCCACUUGAAAAAGAGUCGAAUGCCCAGUGCUGUAUACAAGCUACUCCCUGCCAGUGUUACUGGUGGUGGCUCUGGCGACAAGACUUCAUACAUUAUGGAGACGAGCGUUGUCGAUAUCAAGGAGGGUUGGAUGAAGACGGAGAUGCGAAACCUCGACUUCACGGGUAUUCUCUCUGUGGUCGAGAAGCAGGAGUUUAAUAUCCCCAACGAGGGCACGGCCCAGAAUCCCAACGAGACCGCUGUGACGACUAUGGUUCAGUUCAGAUCGAGGAUCGGAGAUAAGAUUCGGGGUAAGUUGGGCCAAGCUCAAGAAGACGGCUGGUUCAAGAAUGGCAUCAUCGGUAGCUGGGGCAAGAAGGGUAUUCAACGCAGCAUCGAGAGUAUCGCCUCUACCAAAACUCAGGAUCAGAUGGGCAAGAGCCGUGACGGCAUGAAGAUGGUUCUCGAGCGCCUGCGCAACAACGGUGUGAUUGGCGUCCUCGAGACCAUUAGGAGAGAACGUCAGCGUCAACUUGCUUAAUCAUUUCUAACGACACGAUUCAACUGUAACAACGAACGGCGACGGCCUUGGAGCAACACGAUCUCACAUGGGAAUAUCUGGAAACGAUUCUCGAGUCAUGCACGCUCAAUGUACUAUAACUCACUGCUUUUCACACGAGCAUGGCGCAAUGUGUCUUUUUGGGUAGGGAUAUCUGAGGAGGAGGAAUUACGAAAACUGGGUGGCUAUGAGGCAAGCGGAUGGUGCUGGAUCUGGCCAGCUGACGGGGGGACGCAACCACGUGCAGCGACGCAUCGCCUCUACUUUAUGUGGCAUCCCCUCUCUUGUAUUGAGUAUGAAAAUGUCUUGAGGACAGAGAAUUAAAGGUUUCAACUACUUGGUUUACAGCGAUCGGUUAAUCAUGUGUGAUGUCCCCCCUCCCUAGUCCGAGUGAAGGGAAACUAAUUGCUGUGGGUUUCAUGUUGGAAACAUCCAUUUCAAAAACCGACCUGUAGAGAUAAUCAGGAGCAAGGACGAAAUGACCUGAUAUAUCAAAGUCUAGUCAAGUU